AUGGCAACUAAAAUUUCCACCGAAAUAUUAAUUAUAAUUUUAAAAAAUGUUCAAUCAUCUCGUUCAACUCAAGAUUUAUAUUCUUCAUUAUUAGUUAAUCGAAUCUGGUGUAAAGUUGCAAUACCUAUACUUUGGGAAUUACCUUUGGGUCAAGAAAAUUGGAUAGAUUAUGGUUUGAAUAAGAAAUCAUUAUGUAUUCGAACUUAUAUAUCAUGUAUGAAUACUUCAACUAGAAAAUUACUUAUUCAAGAUGGAUUUGAUUUAUCAUCAUCACCUCCUCAAGCCACUUUUGAUUAUCCAUCUUUUAAAAUAACGGCAGUUCUCAAAAAAUUUUCCGAAGAGUUUCUAAAGUAUAGUAAUUUAAUUGGUUCAAUCCUCACGUUUCCUGAUGCCCCAAAAGUAUUUAAGAAAUUAGAAUAUUUUAGUUCGAUGACAAUAGGAGAUGAUGAACUAAUUAGACCAUUAUAUGAAUCAUUAACAUUAAUUUGUGAUAAUAUUUUAAAGAUGGAUUUAUUUUUGGGUUUCGAUUCACAUUCUCAAGUACAAUUAUUAACAAACCUUAUAAGUGUUCAAAAACGUUUAGAAAAUCUAUCAGUUGUUUCUAAUUGUGAUUUAUAUUAUAAUUCAAUAUUUUGGGCUAUCAUUAGUCAAAAAGAAACAUUGAAGAGUCUUCGUCUGAAAUCAGUAUUUUUUAAUAAUUUUGAACGAAAAUCAUCAACAAUUGGACAAUUUAUUUCACUUAAAGAACUUUAUAUUGACGAUUGUUAUGGAUUACAUAAUUUAGAUUGUUUAUCCUUGGCUUCAUCAUUUACUCAAUUAAGAAGGUUUCAUUAUUUUCAUUCGAAUUAUAUUUAUAGGUAUCCUCAAGAAUUUAUUAUAAAAAUUCUCGAAACGGCAAAUACAAAUUUAAGAAAUAUUUGUUUACAAUUAUAUCAUACAAUUACAUUUGAUAUAGAAUCAGCAAUUUUAAAUUAUUGUACAAAGAUUACCAAAUUAUCUUUACAUAAUUUAUAUCCUGAUCAAGUAAUAGCAAUAUUUAAUAAUAAUUUUAAUGAAUUAAGAAAAUUUUCAUUUGAUUGUGGAGAAGUGGGAUUUGAUGCUAAUGAAUUAUUAUGUCAAAUGGCUGAGAAUGUACCGAAAUCACUUGAAAUCAUUAAAAUUAGAAUGGUUUAUAAAGAUCCAUGGAUAUUUAGUUCUGAUAGUCUAAGAAAACUUUUUGAAGGGUGGUGUUGUAAAGGAGGAGGAAAUAAAAAGCUUAGGAAAUUCUGUAUAAAACGUUUAUUACAACGAAAAGAAUUAUUUUCAUCACAAUUAGACUCGCCGAGAAUAUACCAGAAUCAUUUGAAACCAUUAAAAUUAGAAAGAUCUAUGGAUGGGAUGUUUAGUGCUGAUAGUUUAAGAAAAUUUUUUGAGAGGUGGUUUAGUAAAGGUAGAUCAUUAUUACCGAAAGAUUUAUUAUCACCAUUGGCAGCAGCAAUAAGUAGUGAACAUUUUAAAGUUAUUGAAGAAUAUGAAGUUCGAUUUUAUAUAUGUCUCUCAAUCCCUAUUUAUUGA